UUUCUUCUGCGGUCUGCUGCGUUGUCAUUUAUACUUCUUCCCGCGGUCCCUCUCUGACUCAAAUGAUGCUUUCGUCUACGCUGGCAUUCAUUCAGUUUCCAGUGUCUCGUCCCGUCUGACCUACUGCUAAGGACGCCGGAAAGUGGCAAGCGUGCUCACCAUUCAUAUGCGGGAAGUUAUCAAGAUUCUUGCGUUCUGCACUCGGAUGUGCAUGAGGUCGCGAGAAGGAGUCGACCGGGAACGAGUGUCGAUAACGGGCGUUUGUCGUGCGCUGUCGGCGUUUCCGCAGAACUUCCGUUUUGUGGGUUUAUUCUCGGAACCCCUUUGUUCAUAGCUGUGCCGCACUUCGGUCCGGAACGAGCUGUCAGCUGUAACAUGCUUCCGGCAAGCAACAGGGGGGCGCUGCCGCAGAUUUCGUGAAGCUAGUCACUCUUCGUAGGCGUAUGUCGUGUUACGGUGAACGAGGGAACCAGGCAACACCAAUUUGGUGGCAGUACAGACCGCCCGGUAGAUAGGAGGCUCUGACAUGCUAGGGGGUCCCGGCGGGGAGGGACGGUGCUGGGUGCUGUUGUCUGGACGAUGUGUGUUUCAUCUUUCUUCAUCCGAACUGUUCCGCCGUUUUGUACCUUCCGAGAAAGGACGUUCCUGUGCUUGGGAGGUGCGUGUCUGUUACCGAAGGGUUUAAACACAUCGGUUCCGAUACUGCUACAGGACCUGUCAGUCCCCUGUUGUGAAGCUGGUGGUCAGGGGCCAGGAACAUAGCUUCCUUCUCUAUUUUUUGACAGGGCAGAGAUCAAAGAAAGGUUGAGGGCGUUCGUCCGGCAGUGCAGGGAGAACGAGCUCUUGCCUUUUUUUGUCCCUCUGUGUAUAGCGGGCUUUGAGAGGCGAGUUGCUGGUCAGGCCGGUAUACGUUUUUGCGUAUAUUUUUCAUUCUGGGUGUGUGCUCGUUGUAUUGAUGUAGAAUGUGCCAACGCUGUCGCAAGAGAGUCUCCCCCUCCUUUUUUCUGCGGCGGCGUAUAGCCAUAGAAACACAUACCGUGGAAAGAUGGAGACGCGGUGAUCAGAGGAGAGUACUGUGGACCAUAGACUCAGGAGAAAACAACCUUUCAAGAGGACGGUGGAGCCAUGGGAAGUGGUGGAAGGGUCGAGAGAGAAGGGAGGGUGUGCAGUGAAGUGGCCUGCUACACUGCAGAGAGUCUCAUGGGGGUCUCGCCAGACAGUGGCGGAAUGGCGAGUUAGGGGAGUUUGUGGGAGAACAGAAUGUCAGUGCAGAUGCGCGUGUUUGUAGCAAUGAAGAAGCGGGAAAUUUUCGGGAGAGCAUUGUGUGUCGGCAGCUUCCACAACUCUGUCGGUUGUUGUCUGUGGAAGGGAUAACGUGUGCAGUGCGCUUGCGUAAGGAAGCGAUAUGGGAUGGUUGGAGGAGCCUGGAUGAAAUUCAUAGGAGAAGCAGACGUUUGACACAGUGUCAGUGUGGGUCAAGGGCUGGCAGUGACAAUCCGAGCAGACCGGAACGAGCAGGUGCAGAGAGCCGGGCGCAGAAGUGUGGGUUCCAGGGAAGGGUGGCGCAGUGGAGACUUUACGCCCGUACGGAUGAAGAGUCAUUUUUGUGUGUUGUUCUUUAAUGCGUUGUUUACACGGUCAAAUCUGUGAUGUAGUAAAAGGGACACGGUCUUGUUGGCGUUCGAUGCUCGUUUGCGAUGAGGUGACCCUUUCAGAAGACGCGAGGCACCGCUCCUUGCCUUCUGUUUUCGUUUUUAAAAUCGAAUUUUUUUUGUUGCCAAAUUCGUCCAGCAAACGGGGCUUGGCUUUUUGAUGCCCCGGCGAUCGACAUGUGGAAAACACGACCAAAUCCAACGGAAAGCGAAAAAGCCCCUGCAGCAUGUGCGAGUGUGUUCUGCUCAGUGUGUGUGCCAAGAGGAGGAACUUUCGAUGAAUCACUUCCCCAUAACGCGGGAGUGAUCGACAGUGCAAAUAAUUACCGUACCCGCUGCUCAUCGUCUUGGAGCAUAGCUGCAUCUUCAUCACCAAAACGGAAACGGACACGUGGGUCGUUCAUGUGGUGUGAGGAAGGUGCAAACGCGCUUGGCAUGAAGGAACCGAUAAUAGUGGCCAAAUGGUUGAACACUCACCGUAAGGAUUGUGGUUAGUUCACCUUUGGAGAUAUAGGCAGUCAGAUCGGUUUUGCGGUGUUUCAUCCCGUUGAAAAGAAAGGCCCUGAGACGAUCUCUCAAAAGAGAAGUGCAUCUACGAGGGGGCCGCACGAAGGCAGCAGGAAGUCAGCACGAUGUUCCCUGCAAGCAUACUGCCGUGUGUGCGCUUUUCUGUAGUGCUUUAGUGCCACACGCAAAGUGCGUGGUGUCAUUUUAUCACUCAUAAUGGCGCUUUCAAGUGGCAUUGAAUAGGACGUUAAACGGUUUUUUCUCGCGAACACGAGCAUCUGUGACGGAAACGUGUGGAAGCAGCGCUUGCUUGACGCCACAGGAAUUUUGUGAAGAAUUAGCAAUUCAGGGGAUGGUUGCCAAAACAGGAGUUGCUUUUUUUUAAGCAGCUGACUCAGGCUGUGGGUCAAGGAGAUCUCACUAAUUUUUUGCGUCAACUGCGCCAUCAAAGAGGUCUGCGAGGCAACGUUCGGUAGAUGAUUAGUUCUCGCACGUCAAAUGCAGCAAGAGGAGGCGAACGCUGCAGACAUCCGAGAACCACGGAACAAUCUGAAAAUCUGGUUUUCUGAAGAAGCCAUUCGAGCACCUUAGCUCUUACGAGUGAAAACGUCGUGGUCGGCGAACCAGUCAUGGUGGAAGUUCGUGUCAUGAUGGCGUCGCGAAAUCGAAUGGCGUAUUUCUGAGGAAGCGGUUCUGUCAGUGUACGGUUAUUGAGUCAACAUUGUUCGUGACGUUUCGGUGUACAGUUCUGGAACAGACGGUGGCUGGGGUGUUAGAACAAAUGUGUACGAUUAUUUCAUGGGCGCUUUUAGCAACUUUAUGUUGUCCCGAAUUUCAAUGCCAAUGCACGACGGUCGCAACACGAGGCCGGCGCCCGAUGCAGGCCUGCAACUGAAUGUGCUGGUAAAAAUGCGAAGAAAAUCCAAAACGGGCUCUUGCAUAUUCCUGCAGCGCUCUGUGACGAUUUUUGAGUCCUUGGUCGUGCAAGCUCCACUGAACAAUCUUCAGCCUCCUGUGACCGCACGGUGGUUGCUCGCCAUGGUGCAGGAGAACCGCAUUCAUCACGGAGCCCUUGAGAAACGGGCGACCCAGGAAGCUCCUUGUCCUCUUUUAUCGAGUUGUAUGUUCAUCUGCUAAAGAUGGAUGGCGGGCCUCAGCGUGUCGCUGAGAAGCAAGCCAUCUUCAUGUCGCCGUUUCGGUUGGUGUCAAAGCACCUCUGCAGCUUUCCCACGAGCUCUGUCACUGGACUAUGUAGAGAGUCGCAGUGCUACAGAGCAAGGCCAACUGAACAGAGUGGAGGCUAUUUCCACUUCAACACUUCAACUAGC